ACAAAAUCUGAAAUCCAAAAAUGCCGCGCGUCAAGGAAGAGGAAAUGCUGCAGCACAUCAUUAAAUACAUAGAUGUGCUAGAAUACCCAGGCAUGGAGACCCUAGAACCAAGCUGGGUGCAGUCAGUACUCCUCACGGCAGGGGGUCCGAGGCUGAAUCUGCUGAUGUGGGUCCUAGAGCAGUUCUCUCCUGCAGAGGCCGUAGAAUUGCAGGCGUUGCCCCAGACGCUGCAGGUGCAAAGAAUACUUCAGACGCUGUCAGCUUUGGGGAUUUGCCGUCAGGGAGAUGCAGAAGUAAUUGAGGGUAGUGCACAGCCAGGGGCCCAGUACAAGUUUUGGCUGGCAUGCCUGGAGAGCAUUUACAACCUUCGCCGAUUCCCGCCCCUCCCUGCGCACCAGCACUCUGAGUCUUAUGCAACCGACAGUCUCAUGGACCAGAUGUCCCAUUCGCCACACUUGCAGCUGAUUCUGAAGGAAAGUGGUGUGAACGUAGUCCCAGGUGAUCAGAGGGAAAAAUACCGUGCUUGGUGUAAAUACGGCCAGCGCAUUCCCAUUUCUGAGUUGCUGGGAGAGACGGAAGAGAAACUCAGGGAGUGCCAGAAAAAGUACGAGGCAAUGGACAAUAGAUGGAAGGCUGAAUCGUCUUCAAAUCCAAAAGAACUUCAGACCAAUGUGUGCAGCAGCAUAGCUGAUCUGGGCAAACAGCAAGAACUACUGCAAGGUGUCUACAGCUCAUAUAUUGCUCCCUGGACAACUUCCACCCAGCAGUUGGAGCUGCCCAACACUGGUCCACUCAUUCAUGAAGCCAAUACAAAACUGGCAGCGCUAACCAAGGUCUUAAAGGCGACACAGGAUGCGUCCAACAUAUGCGAGGAACUAGCUGAGAGAGAGAAGGCAAUCAUGCGACACUCCACGCAACCAUCUUCUGUAACAGCAACCCUGCAUACCCUUGUCAGCCAGUCCAGCACCAGCGUCAAUGCAGUCAGAUAAUUUCACCACCAGAUGUCAGUGCUGUUUAUGUACUCUAGACCUCAGAAGAUGCUGUUGAAUAUUUUUCUAUAUUAGUAUUUAUGUGGUUUCAUCUGAAAGUAUUGUAUAUAAUUUUUAUUCUCCUUCUUCUUCUUCUUCUGCAUCUUUGCAUUUUCCUCUCCUCCCUUUCUGUUCUUCGCUGUUUCUUCUUUCUUUCUCAUUUCUUCCAUGCUCCUCCUGCUCCAAGAUGCAUCUUCAUUUAAAUGAGGGAAUUUAGAAAUAUAUCAACAGAGAAAUUUCAUACAGAGAUGGAGACUUUGUAAUGUGCAUAAUACCAUCACCCAGAUGUGAUAAAUUCUCAUUGAUAUUUGGUUAAAAUGCUAAAAUGAAAAGAAUAAAGAUCUUUUCAUGAUGUUUAUUUUGCAGGCCAUUAUAUGUAGAAUAAAAUAAAAUAUACCUUAUAAUAAGAGAUCAAAAUAAUGAAAAUCCUCAAUCAAUAAAUCAUUGAGGUAAAUGCAUUUUAUAAACACAUAAGUUUUGUUAUAUAUCUGUGUUCAAAUUGAAAAUUAUAAAUGUUAACCCCAUGCUGCCAUGAAAAUGUAAGGUUCACUUGAGUUUUCUUUUGUGAGAUGUCUCUACAUGUAGAUAUUUCUGCAAGUACUUAGCCACCAAGAAUUCAUCUAGCAAUCCUCAUGAACUUGCCUGAUUUCCCCUUUCCCUGAGGUUUUAGGAAAAAGUUUUUUUCACAAGUGCUAUAAAUAUUGAUGUUGUUAUAAUUUUUUUAUAGACAUUAUAAUUAUUAUAAUGUUAUUAACUUUACUAAAGAGAAUAUUUCCAAAACUCAAGGAAAAAGAUAAACAGGUGUAGUGCUAAUAACUGAUUCCUGUGUGACUAAGUACUUGUGAAGCCAUCUAUGUGACUUUAGAGCUAUCUGUGUGUAAGGACAGUUAAUGAACUAAACUCAUAGUGGGCAUGGCAUGUCUGUACAUGAUAUCCCCAGUAGGUUCAGGUUGAUCAUGCCAUGAGUACCAUGUAAACAAAAAGUUGUGUGCUCACAUAGUCCUAUAUGCCUUAACUCAAGCUUCAUUCUGAUCAGAUGUAAUUGAAAUGCUUUAAGCUUUUGGUUCUCACUAAUUAUGUAAGAGCAAACAAUAAAUUUGGUAAACAGCAUUAGCAAUUGAGAUUGUUUUAGGGUCUCUUUCUCUCUUAACCCCUAAAAGGACACAGGAAUUCAGAGCUUCCUAUCUGGACAGGAUGGAAAACAACCGAAAUUCAGAGUCUGUAAGCAAAAAUGAACAGAUAAAAGGUUUAUUGCCUGUAUACCACAUGGUCUUUGAUAUGAAAGUGCCAUGCAGUCUGCUCCCACAGGAUGGAACAAUUAGGAAGAUUGCAAUAAACAUGGAAAACUCAGCAGUGGAACAACUUUUGCAUCUUUUGGUGUUUAUGACAGCCAUUCUUAAUUAAAUGGUUGCUCUGUGUUGUCCUUCAAGGUUAAAAAUCAGAGAGUGAAAAUAUUUCUUUUUAUGUAUGUGUGUUCAUUGUCUUGGGAGAUUGAUUAUGAUUAAUAUUGGCAAAAUAGAUCUGUAUACUUUACAAGGUACAAUAAAAUUAUUAUAUAAA